CCUCACUCACAGUCGCUCACAGGCUCACCUCGCUCACGGCUCACAGUCUCACAGUCGCUCCCGGCUCACCUCUCUCAGUCUCUCACUCUUCUCCAAGGUGUAUAGGCCUUUAAUAUCUUGACGAUUUAUUGACUAGAGUUGGUUUAUAGUGCUGAAGGAGCGUAAAAUUUGAAACCAGUUUUUUACUCACUCAAUCUCAAGCUUACCGGUUAAAUCCAUUUCUUCUGAAAAUUUAGGCCAUCUUUGGGGGUAUUUUUUCUUGGGAAAAGAUGAUGAUGUUUGAUGACAUGGGGUUCUGUGGCGAUUUGGAUAUGUUAUGUGGUCCACUCGGGGAAGGAGAUAUUUCUGCCAGGCAAACUGAACCCGAUGCAGGAGUUGAUGAUGAUUACAGUGAUGAAGAAAUUGAUGUGGAUGAGCUUGAGAGGAGGAUGUGGAGGGACAAAAUGCGUCUCAAGCGAUUGAAAGAACAAACUAAGGCUAAGGAAGGAAUUGAUGCAGCAAAGCAAAGGCAAUCCCAAGAACAGGCAAGGAGGAAGAAGAUGUCAAGAGCUCAGGAUGGAAUACUGAAAUACAUGCUGAAGAUGAUGGAGGUUUGUAAGGCGCAAGGAUUUGUUUAUGGGAUAAUUCCUGAGAAGGGAAAACCAGUGACUGGGGCAUCUGACAACCUUCGUGAAUGGUGGAAGGAUAAGGUUAGGUUUGAUCGCAAUGGUCCAGCUGCCAUAGCCAAGUAUCAAGCGGAUAAUGCAAUCCCUGGUAAGAAUGAUGGAUGCAAUUCGAUUGGUCCAACUCUGCACACCUUGCAAGAGUUACAGGACACAACCUUGGGUUCUCUCUUUCAGCACUGUGAUCCCCCUCAGAGACGGUUCCCAUUAGAGAAGGGUGUUCCUCCACCAUGGUGGCCGACCGGGAAUGAAGAAUGGUGGCCUCAAAUUGGUUUACCUAAAGAUCAAGGCCCUCCACCUUACAAGAAACCUCAUGACCUGAAGAAGGCAUGGAAGGUUGGUGUUCUAACUGCAGUUAUCAAGCAUAUGUCUCCUGAUAUUGUCAAGAUUCGCAAGCUUGUGAGGCAGUCCAAAUGCCUUCAAGAUAAAAUGACAGCCAAGGAAAGUGCAACCUGGCUUGCCAUCAUCAGUCAAGAGGAGUCCUUGGCUCAAGAGCUUUAUCCUGAGUAUUGCCCCCCAUUGUCCUCUGCUGGAGGCAGUGGGUCAUUGGUCAUCAAUGAUUGCAAUGAGUAUGAUGUUGAAGGGGCUGAAGAUGAGCCAAACUUUGAUGUGGAAGACAGGAAACCCGAGAAUCUUCAUCCAUCCAAUCUUGGGAUGGAGAGAAUGAGGGGAAGGCUUCCAGUUCAGCAACCAUCUCAUCCAAUCAAGGGAGAGGUUGUUACAAACUUGGAUUUUAUUAGGAAGAGGAAGAUCUCAAGUGAGUUUAGCAUGAUGAUGGAUCAGAAAAUUUACACACGUGAACAUCCUCAGUGCCCUUACAGUGAAGUUCGCCUUGGUUUUCAAGACAGGUCUUAUAGGGACAAUCAUCAAUUGAAUUGUUCGUAUAGAAGUAGUUCUGCAGAUUAUGGUGUUCUCAAUUUUCAUGCUACUGAGGUUAAGCCAGUAAUAUUCCCCCAGUCGUUUACUACAUCUCGUCUGAGUAGCGAAGCUUUGCUAACAAAAGUAAGUUUUUAGCAAAAGUUUUUAAUACCAGUUAUCUAUACGUUUAAACUACAGUGCUACAUUAGGAAUAUGUUAAAGUCUAGCGUAUAUUAGUGACUUAGAAAAUUGUUAUAGUGACUUAAGAAUUUUGUAGUGACUUAGGUAUUAUUAUUAUUUAAUUACGAAUCAAUUAGUGAACCAGGUAUUAUUAUUAUUU